GGGGGGGGGGGUCGCAUCCGAAGCGCGACCACCAGCCCGGCCCCCCCGGCUUGGUUCUACGGGCUCUUGCGGGAGGCCCGGGGAUCCGGGAGCCAAGCUGCCGACAAUCGUGGAUGAAAAAGGAUGACAGUGAAGUUGGGUGACGCCGGCAGCGGGGAGGAAGGGCUCAAGAAGCUGGGCAAGCGAACGGCCGAUGAGGAGUCGCUGGACGGAGAAGGGCCGGGCGGCGCGGACGCGGCCGAGGACGGCAGCAGCACAAAGAGGGACGGGCCGACCCCGCGGGCCGCCGGGGCUCCCGCUCCGCCGGGAGGGCCGCCCGCGCCGUCCCCGCCGCAGGGCAGUCCCCAGGACCAGCACCACUUCCUCAGGUCCAGCGUGCGGCCGCAGAGCAAGAGACCCAGGAAGGACGCACCCUGCGCCCUGAGCAACGGUGGCAGCAGCAGCUCUGGGCCCCGCGGAAAAGGAGCUGACAGCGGCGCGUCAUCAUCUGGAAAUGUGUCUGCUGUUGCUCCUGCCAACCCUGCAGGAGGCUCGCGUUCCUCCUCCCGGAACUUAGGGUCUUCAGGUGGUGAGAAGGAAGAAGGCAAGAAGGUCCGCCGGCAGUGGGAGUCCUGGAGCACAGAGGACAAGAACACCUUCUUUGAGGGGCUCUAUGAGCAUGGGAAAGAUUUUGAAGCAAUUCAGAACAACAUCGCUCUGAAGUACAAGAAGAAGGGCAAGCCUGCGAGCAUGGUGAAGAACAAAGAGCAGGUCCGGCAUUUCUACUACCGCACCUGGCACAAGAUUACCAAGUAUAUCGACUUCGACAAUGUGUUCUCUCGAGGGCUGAAGAAAUCAUCCCAGGAGCUGUACGGCCUCAUCUGCUAUGGCGAGCUACGCAAGAAGAUCGGGGGCUGUAUGGAUGACAAGAAUGCAACAAAGCUGAAUGAACUCAUCCAGGCUGGGGCCACCACAGUACGUUACAAAGGGAGAAACCUGCGGAUCAAAGCACCCAUGUGCCGGGCGUUGAAGAAGCUUUGCGAUCCAGAUGGCCUGAGUGAUGAAGAGGAUCAGAAGCCAGUGCGUCUGCCCCUGAAAGUCCCCGUAGAGCUGCAACCUCGGAACAACCACGCAUGGGCCCGAGUACAGAGCUUGGCCCAGAAUCCACGCCUCAGGAUGAUUGUGGAGCUGCAUCGAAAAGUCUCCAGCCUUAUUGAGUUCUUGAAGCAGAAGUGGGCCCUCCAUGAAGUGCGAAUUCGGAAGACACUUGAAGAGAGGCAGUUGCAGGGCUCAAGCACAGCGCAGACACAGGAGAAGGUGGCGUUGCAUCUGUUUCCAAGCGAGAACUGCACACUGACGCCGCUGCCAGGUGUGGCCCGUGUGGUGCACUCCAAAGCCUUUUGCACCGUGCACUGGCAGGAGGGUGGCCGGUGCAAGCAGAGCGUCAAGGACAACCACUCACUGCCUCCAGCCCAGAUCCUGGGCAUCCAGAGUGGGCAAGGCACAGCCCGGGGCCAAGUAAAGUGCCUGAGGGCUGGCACCGAGGGCAAGAAUGGGGGGCGCCCCCCACCCACUGCUGAUGCAUCACAGAGCUCUGGAGAGAGUUCCCCUGAGAGUGCCACUGGAGAGGGGACAGCCCCAAGUCUGAGCAGUCCAGAUGCUCCUGACAGGCCUCCCCACAUGCACCAGGACUCGGGGCCACGUCUUGAGAAGACCCCUACCGCGACCUCUGCAGAAGACACGGACAGUCCCUCCCAGGAAGCGGGGGCCUUGCCAUGUGCCUGCAGCCAGCCUCCAGACCUGGAGGACGACCUCUCGCUCCUUGACCCCUUUCCCCGAUACCUUAAGUCCUGUCAGGACCUUAUCAUCCCGGAGCAGUGCCACUGUGCAGACACACGCCCUGGGAGAGAACACCCUCCUGGGAGGGCAGUCUCUCCAGAGACCCUCACCCCCAGCGGCAGAGAGACCAUUGACUUUGGCCCCUCUGGUCCAGACUCUCUGUCCAGCCCCAGGCUCCCACUGGAUGUUUGUAGUAAAGACCUGGCAGGUACACCUGCAGAAGAACCCUUAGAGAAGGGGAACCCUUCAGAACCUCUGCUGCCUCAGGGACAGCCUGCUGUUCGGCCUCCAAAGGAGGUCCCUGCAAGCCGACAGGCCCAGCAGCUACGUGAAGAAGGUUGGAGCCUGCAGAGCUCUGAGAGCCUCACUCUGGCCGAAGUCUACCUCAUGAUGGGCAAGCCUAGUAAGCUCCAGCUGGAGUAUGACUGGCUGGCUGUGCUGGGCCCUGAGAGCCAGGCACCUGCAGGGCAGGACCAGGCCACCCAUCCCCGUUCCCCACCCUCCAGCCUCCACCAGCAGCGCCUCCUCAACUGUCUCCUGAGGCUUAUUUCCACUGAGGUCCACGCGAAGUUGGCUCUGGAAGCAAACACAGCAUCCUCAGCCUCAGUGAGGCCCAUCCAGGAGGAGCAGUCCACGACACCUCCAGGAAAGGUGGUGACCAUCAGCUCUCGGAGCCCUCGCUGCCCUCGCAACCAAGCUGCCCUCCGUGGCAACAAGACCUUCCCACCUGGCUCUGUACCUUGUUCUCCAGGUUUGAGAAACCCCCCGAGGCCCCUUUUGGUGGCUGCUCCCUCCAGCACAGGAAGUGGUGACUCAGAUGGUGGCCUCUUUGCUGUCCCAACAACUUUGCCACCCAACAGCAGACAUGGGAAGCUCUUUUCUCCCAGUAAGGAAGCGGAGCUGACUUUCCGACAGCACUUGGAUUCUAUCAGUAUGCAGUCGGACUUUUUCUCACCAAAGCCCAAAAAGUUGCGGAAACGGCACCUGCGCAAGCCUCUGGUGGUCCAGAGAACACUACUCCCUAGACCGUCUGAAAACCAGUCCCACAAUGUGUGCUCCUUCUCCAUCUUGUCUAACUCUCCCAUAGCUGGAAGAGGCUGGUUCCGGCCCAUCCAGUCUUCGUUGACCAAAGCAGCUCUGUCUCGACCAAUUGUACCCAAGGUCCUCCCGUCCCAGACCACCAGUCACCUGGCCAGUGCCAUCGACUUAGCAGCUCAAAGUGCUGGUAUCAUUCCUGGAAGUCCCUUGCCAGUUUUGGACACGGAUAGCUCAUCUGGCAUCUCUCCACUGUCUUCAGAAGAGGCGACUACUUUGGGCUCCUCUGGCAUCUCUCCAUUGGCUUCAGAGGAGGUAACUACCAUCUCUGGGCAAGAUGCCACUGGACCCCACCAAAAUGGAGACCCCAUACCUGUUGUAGGGGGCACAAGUGACCCAUUUAUCAGCAUGCCACCAAGAGCAGAGCAGGAGCCAGUAGCAGAUAAUUUUCAGGGGUCAUCUGUGCUCUCCUUACCCGAGCCCCCCAAACCACCUCUCCAAAAUGGCCUUUCGACACCUUUACCCUCAUCAGAGAGCUCCAGCACCCGGCUGUCCCCACCCAAUGUUUCCGCACUGCUGGACAUAUCCCUGCCUGGCCCACCUGAAGAUGUGCUCUCACAAGGAGAACCUGCCACGCAGAUCAGUGACUCCAUCAUUGAGAUUGCCAUUAGCUCUGGCCAAUACAGUGAAGGAGUCCCUCUUUCUCCAGCAAAACUGAAUGGCAGCGACAGCUCCAAGAGUCUUCCCUCUCCAUCCAGCAGCCCCCAGCCCAACUGGAUUGCCUCUCCCACUCAUGACCCCCAGUGGUAUCCCAGUGACUCCACAGACUCUUCGCUGAGCAGUUUAUUUGCCAGCUUCAUCUCCCCAGAGAAGAGCCGGAAGAUGUUGCCAACUACUGUUGGGGCCAACAGUGGCACUUCCUUGCUUGGCCCCAGCUUGUUGGAUGGAAACUCGCGGGACUCUUUUGUGUCCAGGUCCCUGGCUGAUGUUGCAGAAGUUGUGGAUUCCCAGCUGGUGUGCAUGAUGAAUGAGAACAGCAUCGACUACAUAUCUCGAUUCAAUGACCUGGCCCAGGAGCUUUCCAUCAGUGAGCCUGGCCGCCGGGAAGUUCUGUUCGACGGUGGUGGUGGCCCCCCUGUUGGUGACCUGUCCCAGUGACCGUUCUUCAUGAUGAAGGCAUCCUGGAAACUACAGAGGGCUAUGGGGUGGGGUCCCGAACCCCUCUUCAAAGUAGAGCAAGACAAGCCCAGUCUCCAGAUGCAGCAGUGAGCAGGGCAUCUCUGCCAGGCAGAAUGUGCAGUCCCUGUGCAUGACUGGUCACAGGGCCUUCACCUCCCAGGAGCCCGGGAGAGACUCUUAGAUUGCUGUGAUGCCGAGUCCUUCCUUGCUGUGCCGGCCUGCAUGGCACUGCACCUGUGCAUUCACGUGGUAGGCCUUCCACAGGGUCUCCUUCCUGCAGAAGACAGGUCUGGCAGUUGUUGCUUCCUGUGUGCAGGGAGGCCACGGCCACUGCCGCUGUCUUUGUGAUGCCCCCCAACUCCAUCUGCUCUGUCUGUGACGAUGUUCCUGCCUGGUGGCAUCUACAGUCGAGUCUGAACACUUUCCUGGACGACCUGUCCAUGAGGCACAGAAGGUUCCAGGGCAGUGUAACCAGUGCCAUCUCUCCUAACCCUCACCUAGUGCUUCCCCCAUGCAGAGGUUGUGUUCUGACUGGCAUGUAAGGGGGAAAGAAAUCAUGUCUUACACAGGUUGCAUGGACAUUUUAUGCUCUGCAAAGCUGGUGGGUUUUUGUGUUUUAAGAAGUCAAGACACGGAAAAGGAAAAGCAAGGCUCCUGCUUUGCUGGCUUCCUCCUGUCUUGCUGCCCUUUCUUCUAGGUGACCUGAGACAUUGCUUUUGUCUGCUGGGCUAACCCCAACCACUGCUUUGGCCACAGAUAGGGCUUCCCAGUGAUGUUCUUGACUUUUUUACAUGUUACAGCUAAUGUCCGAGACAGACCUGCCUUCACAAGGAAGGCUUCCUCUUCAGAGCCUGCUCUCCCUAUAUUAGCACCCCCCAACUAGCCAUGCCUGGUUAGUCCCUUGAAAAUAUUUUGCCCUGGGCUGCCUGUCGUCUUCUUCCUGGACCCAAGUAGGGCUCAAGUAUCAGGAUGUGGGGAAGGACACACCCAUUUUGUGGCCUUCUGGUGGCUCCCGGCUGGAGCCACAGUGCCCAGCAGUCACAACCACGGGUGUUCCAUUUUCCCAGAAUGCUGCACGUGAGGGCUUGUUCCACCUCCUUUGACCUCAGCUGGUCCAAGCAUAGUCACCUGCCAGGAGCCCUGCUGUGGUGCCAGGCCAGCGGGUGACAUUUGCAUCAUCCUUCCACUGUGCACUUCCACCUAGCAGGUAGUACUGGCCUGUUAUUUCUGACCCCUGAAUAUGGUGUCGUCUUUGCUUUCCACUUCUCUGCUCCUACUUGCACAGUAAACUAUAUAGCCAGCCCUGGCCUUCCACUGGCUUCUCCCAUUUUUCAGUGCAGAAGUGGCCGGAAAGGCCUCUGGUGAGACACUGGACCUCCUUGUCUCAGUGGCUGCUGCAAACCCUACAGAUUGAAGGCUCCAGCAGAGGAGUGGAUAGGAUGGUGGCUCUGGGUACCAGCAUCCUGGCACUGUUGCCUUUAAGGAAGCUUUAGUCCCAGAUCCUGACACAGUCUGAGCACAGACCCUGGGGACUGGCAAAAGUCCCAAAGCUCCGGAGGGAUGAAAAGAGUAGCACAUAUUGCUGUCGGGAUAGACUGCAGUGUGGGAGCCAGGGUGUGUCCACCCCGCUCACACUUUGAGUCUUGCGGUGCUGAGCUGAAGAUAAUGCAGAUCGUGGGUGUGCAACAGGUUAGGACACCAGGCUGAGCGUGGGCCAUGGGUAACUGCCUUCCAGGGUCAGGAAGGGAGGCCUGCAACAGUAAGCAUGGAUGCUUGCCACAUCCUGUGGCCUUGUACACCAUGCCUGACAGUCAGCUGAUGUCUAUCAGGUGACACCUUUUGGCAUCCAUUACCCUAUGACCUCUGAAAGGAACUGAACUAUGGAGAUCUGGGUUCUUGGUAUGUCAACACCCCGCCCCCUGCAGACUGCUCCAGGGAGCACAGAGUGCAGUCAUUGUCACCCAGCAGCAGGCAGAUCAGGGGAUAGUGGACUGACUCAUCUCUCGGAGUGAAGCUGACAGGAUUCCAGAGGAUUCCUCAACUCCUCUAACAGACAGAUGCUACACAGUUGUUCACCACGUUAAGAGCCGAGUUGGUGGAUGCCACCCCUCUCGGCUUAAUCAAACAUGCAGAAGCAGGAAACUAAUUUCAGAAGACCCACCAUCAAAGCCUCCCAGACCGUGUGUCUUCCUUUGCCUUUCUAGUGCAGCUGUAACAUCUCUUGUGCCUGUGGCCUUCCUUCAUGCGUGGAAGCCUGGUGUGAUUGUGUUGAGAUCAGCUUCUUAGAAAAAAACCUUUCCUAAUCCCUUCAGUCUUUUUGCUGAUUCAUCUUUUCAAGAGAUUGGUGCUUGGCCUGCAUUCUUGAUUGUGAACUUGCAGUGAGAGCAUUCCAUCCUGUGGAAGGCACUCAAGGCCAGGUGAAGUUCAUACAUCCUGUAGGAGCAGGGCACUUGCUCAGGGAGUGGGGUCUUUGAGGACAUUUCAUCUGUCGUUCAGUCUGCUUUCCCCACACUGUUCUUUUUCAUUCCUUGUGGCCUUGCUGCUGAGGGAGGCCCCAUUUAAUACCAUUUGUAACUAGACCACACUACUAGAAUUGGUAGAAAACAAGCGAGGUGGGAGACAUUUAAACAAGUCUGUGAAGUAUUCUUGAGGAAAUACCGCACUUUGUCUUAAGGAAAGAAAGGAAAGGCUGGGCUUAGUGGUGCGAACUUUCAACCCCAGCACUGAGGAGGAGGCUGAGGUAAGGAUCACCAUGAGUUUCAAGCCAUACUGGAGCUACAGAGUGAGUUCCAGGUCAGUCUAGGCUAAAAUGAGACCCUGCCUUGGGGGGAGGAUUAAAGGUUUGUUUUUGUAUUUUUUUUUUUUUUUUUAAGAAAGCCCACAGUAUACCUUUCCCAGCCACCAGAGCUCACCUGAUCUCCCAGUAACUCAACCCUUGGGAGCUCUUCCCAAUUUGGAAGCACUGCACCAGCCCAUCCUCAUGGCUAAUGGGAUCACUGGCUGGGGCUUAGAGCAGCAGAACUCCGUGCUGUUUGCUUUGAUAAUCGUUAAGCCAUAUCAUCUAAGGUUUCCGGCUUGAGAUGUGAAUUUGUUUUAUAAACUAUAAAUAUACAGUGUAUGUAUAAAGCAGAAUGCCCGUCCUUCUGAUUAUUUUUUGUAUCAUAUGUAAAUUAUAUUAUUUAUUCUUUACCAAUUUUGGGAAUAAAAGGUGUUUUGGUUAUUUAAUAAACAAAAGCUGUUAAACUUC